AUUCAAUUUCAAUUGCUUUUUUUUGCUUUGUUUUGUUUUUUCUUGUUCCAAUCCAAAAUGUCAUCAACUUCGUCUUCCGAGCCUGGCUUUGCCGUGUUUGCCGAUAUCUUCCGUCGCGCUGACAAGAACGACGACGGCGAGAUCUCGCUCGAAGAGUUCCGCGUCUUCUUCCGCGAUGGUGUUCUGACCGCUGAGGAGAUUGAUGCUCUGUUUCACGCCAUCGACACGGACAAGAACUUGUCUGUCGAUUGCACCGAGCUGUCAAACUUCUUCCGUGGGCAUUGGGGCAAGGUCCAGCCGCUCUUCGGUGCCAUCGAAGGAGUUAACAAGACCAUCGCCGACGUGUUGAACGGCAUUGCGGCUUCGUACGACACUUCGGAUCACGUUUCGCAGUUCACCACGCGUUUCUUGCUUCGUGAAAUUGUUAGCCAGUUUGACUCCAUUCAGAGCCCCAUCGUCUCGGCUCACCAGACUCUGUUUGAGCGAACCCUGGCUGCCAAGCCUGCGCCCGCACGCAGCUCCGAGUUUGCUGUUGCCGACGCCACCACCGAACGUGGACGACGCGUCAAGAACCAGCAGUCUACCCAAGCACUUGCUGAUGGCAACUCCCACGCAUUGCAAGCCCAGGUUGAUCGCCUGGCUGCACUGCUCGGACGCCUGGAGGGCAAGGUCGCAGUGACUGCUAUUUCCGAGGAGGACACCGACACGGACACUGUUGCGAUUGUUCUGUUCAAGCGCGAUUUUGUUGUUUUGCCCGACAAGAUUGAUAACUUCCGCAAGUCUCUGCAGACCUAUCACGCUUCCUCGAGCGAGGAGGAGGGCUUCCUCCAUUUUUACACCCGGCACUCGCCCAGCAAGAGCCAGUUCACCCUGUAUGAGAUUUGGGACUCGGACAAGGCGACUGCUGGUCACUUUGCCGGCCGCAACUUCCGCCACUUCCAGCGUGCCAACAUUGAGGCUCUGGCAGCGCCCGAAACCUCGACGCGCAUCGAAUUGCCCGCAUCCUGGUGGGUUUCGGCUUGAGUUAAGGCGCGCAUUUGCUCUUUCAAGGCUCUUUGUCCAGUCGGCUUUCCUGUUGGACGAGCUCUUGACACUACUGUUGCUGUUCAUGCUUCCAAAAUCGAUAAUUUCAGAUGCAACUGGUCCAUUCCUAUUGUUGUCGCCUCC